CAGGGACUUGGGGCCGCCAAAGAUGCCGUCCGCAUGGCAAGAAUAGUGAAAUUCUACGAGAGACUACCAAAAGGACCAGCACCGGAGAGAGCGGCUGGCGGCCCGUUGGGAUGGUACCAGGCAAAAUAUUUUGGGAAAAACCCCUCCGCAGCGCCUAUCUGGCACGUUAUCUUUGGUAUCAUGACACUGGGUUACAGCAUGGAGUACUACUUCCAUUUAAGUAUGAACUACCAU